UCCCCUCUCCCUCCCCUCCCACCAUCCUUCCACAACCUUUACGCCACCACUGUCCGCCCCGCCGCUGCCGACCUCCCAAGCCUCCACCAAGGCCGCAAGCGCGUAAUCCCACACGUCCCCGGCAACUGGCCCUCUCACCUCUACGCCGAGUGGCACCCCGAUCCAAUCCACCACGCUGCCCUCACCUCCCUGCUAGACGCCCUGACCACCACCACCACCAACAACAACAACGCCGGCCUGGAGCUCACCACCUUCCUCACCUCGGACCUCGGCGCCCCGCUGCCCCUGCACGUAAGCCUCUCUCGACCCUUUGUCUUGCGCACGAGCGAGAGGGAGCCAUUUCUGGCUACUCUGGAGCGCGACAUAGCGGCGAGCGGGGUACGGGCCUUUGUGCUUGUUCCCGAUGGCCUGGCGUGGUUCCGCAGCGCGGAGGGCGGACGGAGCUUCCUUGUCUUGAGAAGGAGAACGAAGAAGAAUUACCAGCUGUCGACGCUGCUGGGCAAGUGUAAUGACCUGGUCGCGGCGUACGGGCAGCCAAGGUUAUAUGCCCGGUCCGGGAACGAUGAUGACGACGGCACCACGGCAGCGUCAAGGGAGGGAGGCGGUGUGCAGGCUGUAGGUGGUGGUGAAGAAGAUGAUGCGGCGGGCUCGGUAGAUGAUGCCUUCCACGUCUCCAUCGCGUGGUCCUUCGCCGUGCCUACGGCCGAUAUCCGUGAGCAGACAGCCGCCGUGUUUGCGCGGAAGGAGUUCCAAGAGGGGAUCAUGAGGGCCAUCAGGAUACCCGUCAACGGCGUCAAGGUCAAGAUCGGGAACGUGGUCACAGACAUCGCGCUG